GUGACAUAAUGGAAUUUUUAGAGGCUUUAGAAAAAGCGAAAGAGCGAGGUCUGUCUGGCUAAACGCUGCGCAUAGCAAGUCGUGCCAUCCGGGGGGAAAAAGACAAUAUCAGCAGCUGAAGAAGAAGAGGACACAUCAGAGGACCCUCAGGCGCAGAUAGAAGCGGUCGUGAGAUAAAGAUAUAGAGCGAGUGAAGAGACACGAGAAGAGGAAUAACAGCUGAUUUCCUCAUGUUCUUGGAUGUUGACGGAUAGUUAACGCGCUCCCUCAUGUGAGGGUGUAGAGAAUGGAAACAACCCUCUACCACAGCAUCAACACUACUCCCAGGGUCUCCAGCAUCUACUCCCACAGCACGAUGAUGAAGAAGGACAUUAUUAACCUGAACCUGGACGACCACCACAACUCCUCCUCAUCCGAGCUCAACAAACCCAACCACCCAGACGGACUCCUCAACCUCAACUCCCCGGAUUUAGGACUCUUGAAACUAACCUCUCCGGACCUGGAGCGCCUUAUUAUCCAGCAGUCGACCAACAACGCCAACAACAACACCGCCAACUCCCAGUUCCUGUACCCGAAGUCGGCCAGCGACGAGCAGGAGUUCGCGGAAGGUUUCGUGAAGGCGCUGGAGGAUCUACACAAGCAGAACCAGCUGAGCGAAGCUGGGUGCGUCAGCGUGGAUCGACUGGAGCUGCUCGGAUCCAACCCUCCUCCCGGGCUCCAGACGUCAGAUCUCCCGGUUUACACUACUUUGAACGGCUAUGCGUCCAGUCCGCUCGGAGCUACAACCAUCAACUACUCCACGGACACCAUCCCGUUCCCACCGCCUCCGUCUCAUCUCCAGCAGCAGCAGCAGCAGCAUCAGGCUGCGGUUCUGUCACGACUCCAGUCCGCCGGCUUGGUGAAGGACGAGCCUCAGACUGUGCCGGACAUGCAGAGCUUCGGAGACAGCCCGCCUCUGUCUCCCAUCGACAUGGACAACCAGGAGCGCAUCAAGGCGGAGAGGAAAAAGCUGCGCAACCGGAUAGCCGCGUCCAAGUGCCGCAAGAGAAAGCUGGAGAGGAUCUCUCGGCUGGAGGACAAGGUCAAGAACCUGAAGACGCAAAACACCGAGCUGGCGUCCACAGCCAGCGUGCUCAGGGAGCAAGUGGCUCAGCUGAAGCAGAAAGUGAUGAACCAUGUCAGCAGUGGGUGCCAGCUGUUACCAAACCAAGUCCAGGCUUACUAAAACAUGGAUAUUUAUAUACAGCUCUAAAGAGGAUACAGGGCCUGUAUUAUGAGGAACAUUUUAUAACACAAACAUCCUUAUCAGAGACUUGAUAUGAGGCCCAUUGUAAAUGCACCCUCCUCCAGAUAAAGCCUGUAAACUGUACAGUGCAAUGAACAGGCCUUGAUCAGUCUAUACUGGAAUAAUGACAGGUUAAACCAGCAGCAGGUGUGGACUGCAGCCUCCUGAUUCAAGAAAAUCUGGCAGUGUUAUGCAGCAAACAGACAUUAUUUUGUUGCCCUAUUUUUUAUUUUUUUUGGGGGGAAGCCAUGUAGCAAACUAUCCUGGUGUUGGAUAGUGUUUAUGUAUGUGUAAGCUGGACAAUCUCAACAAAGAGUGCAACUAAACACCAAGGUGUCACCAAGUGCUGUCACCCAAAAUGUGUAAUAUAAUGCCUUACUUGUUUACAAGCACUUAGCAAUGACAAAUAUAUAUUUUAUUUACUGAAACAUUUCUUAUUUUACAUAUGGUCUUACUUUUUUGUUGUUGUUGUUUUUUUGCAAAAAAUGAACACUGCAUGUCUUGUCGCUUUUGUGUACAGUAACCAUUGUAUUUUUUAAUUAUGGUGGCUGCUGUGUAGUUCUUCAGUCGCCAAAACAUCCAUGAAUGUAUGUGUACGUGCUGAGAAACCCCUAUCUAUCCAUGUGUAAUGGACUAUCAAGUCUCCUCCUGACAUUUAUUAAAUUCACUACAUUACUAAA